AUUUUUUUGCUUUAUAAAACUAUUUAUUUUAAGAUUGUUUUUCUAUAUUACUAGACCAUAUUUAUAUCGGUUAAUUAGCCCCAAUUUUUGGUUUGUUUACGGCCACUUGGGCCACUGAAAAGGCAAGUUACUUGUCCAGUUACGGAUCAUUUUUGAAUCGCAUUUUUUGCCCCAAAUGUUUGCAUUAUGAUCGGGGGAUUGUUUCUUUACAACCAUAAAGGAGAGGUGUUAAUAUCAAGGAUAUAUAGGGAUGAUAUUGGACGAAAUGCUUGCGAUGCUUUCCGUGUAAAUGUAAUUCAUGCUCGGCAACAUGUGAGGUCUCCGGUGACAAAUAUUGCAAGGACAAGUUUCUUUCAUACUAAGCGUGGAAACAUCUGGCUAUGCGCUGUUACGAAACAAAACGUUAACGCUGUAAUGGUGUUUGAAUUUCUCAUGAAAAUGAUUGAAGUUAUGCAAAGUUACUUUGGGAAGAUUAACGAGGAAAAUAUUAAGAACAACUUUGUUUUGAUCUAUGAACUAUUAGACGAGGUUUUAGACUUUGGUUACCCACAGAAAACGGACACAGGGAUCCUUAAGACCUUCAUCACGCAGCAAGGAAUCAAAACCCAGAUUGAAACAAUUCUUAACGGACCAAAGACAAAGGAAGAAACGACUCAAAUCACGUCCCAAGUUACGGGGCAAAUUGGGUGGCGAAGGGAGGGCAUCAAAUAUCGGAGAAAUGAACUUUUCCUUGAUGUUUUGGAGAGUGUCAACCUACUCAUGUCACCACAAGGUCAAGUACUAAGCGCCCACGUAGCCGGACGCGUGGUUAUGAAAAGCUUCCUCAGUGGAAUGCCGGAAUGCAAGUUUGGUAUGAACGAUAAACUUGUCUUGGAUAAAGGAAAUAAACCUACAGAUGAUUUGUCAAAGAAUAGCUCGGGGAAACCUUCAAUAGCCAUCGAUGAUUGUACUUUCCAUCAAUGUGUGAAACUGAGCAAGUUUGAAUCGGAGAGAAGUAUCAGCUUCAUACCAGCAGAUGGGGAGUUUGAACUUAUGAGAUACCGGACAACCAAGGAUAUUAGUUUACCAUUUAGGGUUAUUCCCCUAGUCCGAGACAUCGCUCGUUCAAAAAUGGAAGUUAAAGUUGUUCUCAAGUCCAACUUCAAGCCCACAUUGUUGGCGCAAAAGAUUGAGAUCCGAAUCCCAACCCCUCUAAAUACAAGUGGGGUGCAAGUUCUCUGCAUGAAGGGGAAAGCCAAGUAUAAAGCUAGUGAGAAUGCUAUAGUUUGGAAAAUGAAGCGCAUGGCUGGUAUGAAAGAAUCACAAAUCAGCGCCGAGAUUGAAUUGUUGCCGACAGCUGAGAAGAAGAAAUGGUCGAGGCCACCGAUCUCCAUGAACUUUGAGGUCCCAUUUGCACCAUCUGGGCUUAAGGUCCGGUACUUAAAAGUAUUCGAACCCAAGCUUAAUUACAAUGACCACGAUGUGAUAAAGUGGGUCCGAUACAUCGGUAAGAGCGGUCUCUACGAAACACGCUGUUGAUAUGUGGCCAUAGAAACACUAUUAAUGUCAUUGUCGUUAUGUCUCUCAUUCCAAAAUGUAAACAAUCACCAUAUUAGGCGAGUGCUUUUCAAUCUUUUAGUGGCAACACAAAUAUUAAACGUCAAUUUUUAAAACUAAGAAUAUUAAACUUUGAAAUAAUUGUCAAAAGGUUAAGUAAAUUACUAUAGUAGACAACCAAAUCAAAUGGUGACCCAGGGGUUGAAAAGCACUUUUUCUUUGUAAAAUGAAGUUUAAUUUGAAAACUUUGAUUCACAAUUCUGUGCACUUCCCUUUAAAUAGUUGGGCAAGUGUCCACACAUACUUCUCAUCUUUAUGUAAAUCAUGGUGACAUCAAAAAUAUCGUUUCGAUAUCAAAAAAAAAGUUGGAACUAGUUACGGACAUGCAGGGUGAAACAGAAGCAAUUUCCCCUGGAAAAAAAUUCCAAAAUGGAUAACUUUUCAAAUCUUCAAAAAAAAUUUAAAUGGGGCAAAUUGUUAGAAGGAAUUAGUUCUUGGUAAAAUUAAUUUUGUCUCAAUAGUUUGGGUUUGUCUGUCACUGCCUGCAACUAGUCCUGUAAUAGUAAUAUCGCAUUGUCAGCAGAGGCAUUGUAUAAUCUGUUUGUGCUAUGGUGGUUGCUGCACUAUACGUAGUUACCUGCAAUACUUGGUGAUUUAUGGAUUAGUUGCUAAAAUUAAAGUUCUAGGCCUAACCUACUAACUGUUGAUCGCAAUCACACUUGUAUUACACUGGCUUGUUUUACGCUUUUGUGUAAAUUGAUAAAAUGACCAAUUUCAACAUAAAUUCAAUCUUCAUUAAUAUAUAUUUACGAGUGUGUUUUCGUAAUCAUAUACCAUCGUAAUAAAACUAUAUUUAAAUCA